CAUCCUAGCUUCCGUGUAAGAGACCUGAGGAGAAUUAGCUGUACUGGAAGCAUAAUGGCAGAAAAUGAGUUUGGAAAAAAUGAUGAUAAAUACUUUUUUCCUGAUUUGCUGUCACUGGCUUACUUCAGUCAUAUAAGUAUGUACAUGCUGACAUCGACUUGUGACUACUACAUCAAGAUCAGCAGCCCUGGGAUGUCUGUUGAUUAUAAGACAGGCAUGGGGACAAUCACAAUCAAUGGUGAGCAGAAGGCACAGGAAGUCAAGUGUAAAAUGGGGGAUCAUUUGGAGCUGAGGGUACUACAACAGAUGGUGGAAGGCUCCCUGGGAGAAGUACUAGAGGUCAGAAAAAAUGAUGUGACCCUGGUGUCCACUCGAUUCGUGUAUAGGUCGGCGAGAGUUACCUGUACACGUCGACCGCCUAGCAAGAUGUUGGUGUUUACACACAAGCUGAUGGCAAUGGAAUACAUUCAGAAGACUCAAAACCUUGACAAGGGUCAAAAGGGACAGGCAAAAAUAGAAAAAGGAGAGGACGAAGUGUUCAAGUGCUGUGGGCCUUUUCCUGACCAACUGUAUCCCUCUACCAUUGACAACUAUAUCCCUACCAUUGACAACUCUAUCCCUCUACUAUUGACCAACUAUAUCCCUCUACCAUUGACCAACUAUAUCCCUCUACCAUUGACAACUAUAUCCCUACCAUUGACAACUCUAUCCCUCUACUAUUGACCAACUAUAUCCCUCUACCAUUGACCAACUAUAUCCCUCUACCAUUGACCAACUAUAUCCCUCUACCAUUGACCAACUAUAUCCCUCUACCAUUGACCAACUGUAUCCUUCUACCAUUGACCAACUAUAUCCCUACCAUUGACCAUCUCUAUUCCUCUACCAUUGACCAAUUCUAUCGUUCUACCAUUGACCAACUAUAUCCCUCAACCAUUGACCAACUAUAUCCCUCUACCAUUGACAACUCUAUCCCUCUACUAUUGACUAACUAUAUCCCUCUACACCAUUGACCAACUCUAUCCCUCUACCAUUGACUAACUAUAUCCCUCUACCAUUGACCAACUAUAUCCAUACCAUUGACCAACUCUAUCUCUCUACCAUUGACCAACUAUAUCCCUCUACCAUUGACCAACUAUA